AACCCGAAGUACACCACAUCCAGGAUACAUACUUUCUGUGAUCAUAUAAUUCAGUCCUUCAUUGUAAGAUAGUUUGUAUUUCCAGUUUGGUUGGGAUAUUUUCUAUGGCAUCAUCCAGCAACUACUCCACUGCACUGAUCUCUGAAUUCCUCCUCAUCUGCUUCCCUAACUACCAGAGUUGGCAGCACUGGCUGUCCAUGCCCCUCAGCCUCCUCUUCCUCCUGGCCAUGGGGGCCAACACCACCCUCCUCAUCGUCAUCUGGCUGGAGGCCUCCCUGCAUGAGCCCAUGUACUACCUGCUCAGCCUCCUCUCCCUGCUGGACAUUGUGCUCUGCCUCACUGUCAUCCCCAAGGUCCUGGCCAUCUUCUGGUUUGACCUCAGAUCCAUCAGCUUCUCUGCCUGCUUCCUCCAGAUGUUCAUCAUGAACAGUUUCCUGACGAUGGAGUCCUGCACUUUCAUGGUGAUGGCCUAUGACCGCUAUGUGGCCAUCUGCCAUCCACUGCGGUACCCUUCCAUCAUCACUGGCCAGUUUGUGGUCAGGGCUGCUGUCUUUGUUAUAGCCAGAAAUGCCCUCUUUUCUCUUCCAGUUCCCAUCCUUUCUGCUAGACUAAGAUACUGUGCAGGAAACAUCAUCAAGAACUGCAUCUGCACUAACCUGUCUGUGUCCAAACUAUCUUGUGAUGAUAUCAUCUUCAACCGACUCUACCAGUUUGUGGCAGGCUGGACACUGCUGGGUUCUGACCUCAUCCUUAUUGUUCUCUCCUACUCCUUUAUCUUGAAAGUUGUGCUAAGGAUCAAGGCUGAGGGUGCUGUGGCCAAGGCCCUGAGCACAUGUGGGUCCCACUUCAUCCUCAUCCUCUUCUUCAGCACAGUGCUGCURGUUCUGRUCAUCACUAACCUGGCCAGGGAGAGAAUUCCCCCUGAUGUCCCCAUCCUUCUCAACAUCCUGCACCACCUCAUUCCCCCAGCGCUGAACCCCAUUGUUUAUGGUGUAAGGACCAAGGAAAUCAAGCAGGGAAUCCAGAAACUGCUGAGAAGAUUGUAA